AUGAAUGCAUCAUUUCAGGUUCCUCUCUGGAAGCAACGUGUUGCUGAGACAGUGGGACGAGACUAUGUGAUUUGGGAUUAUCAUGUAAUUUUGUUAUAUUCAAAGUCGGGUUCAGUACUUGUCUAUGAUUUUGAUACAGCGUUAUCUUUUCCUUGUGAUGCUCAAACAUACUGGAUUGAGACAUUUCAUCCUGAACUGAAUUUGAAUGCGAAUUAUCACAGGUAUUUUCGAGUUAUUAGUGGCUCACAUUACUUACAGCACUUUUCUUCUGAUCGAAGUCAUAUGCUGGAAACUAAUGGGAAUCACAAGGCAUGGCCACCUUCUUGGCCUCCUAUAUAUGACCCCGGUAUCCUUAAUGACCGAUUUAAAUUGAGACGUACUUUUACCACUUCAUCACCAGCAAAAGAUAUUAAACAGUUCUGCGUUGAUCUUGCGAAAAGAAAUCUUAUUUCCACCUCACAUCCAUCCAAUUUAUCCAGCGAUGAUUUCAAAUCGGUGUCAACUCUUCCCAAUGUUGUUUACGCAGGAUUUGACCCCACAGCAGAGAGCCUUCACAUUGGUCAUUUGCUAGUACUAACGAACUUGUUUCGAGCAACUUUACACGGAUGUCAUGCAGUUGCUCUGAUCGGUGGAGCCACUGCUCGAGUUGGGGAUCCAAGUGGUCAUAUUACAGAUCGGGUCAUUAUUCCGGAUCACGAGAUUGACCAAUAUGUUAGAAAAAUUAACUCGCAACUGGUGAAGUUAUUUAAUAAUUUCACAGAAGAUAACAUUCAGUCGAGCAAGCAUCUGUCAAUCGUCAACAAUUCUGAUUGGCACUCCAAGGCAAGAAAGCUUUCCAAAAUAAGAAAUAUAACCUGUGUUUUUUAUAAUGACGACGAAAUGUGCUCCGUUUUGGAAGUGAAAUUUGGGAUGAGCUCGAUUCAGUUUCUGGAAAUUUGUCGAGCUUUUCGAUUAGGUGAUAUGCUUAGACUGGGAAUGGUCAAAUCCCGGAUGCAUGACGGGUCAGGUCUUUCUUGCACUGAAUUUUUAUAUCAGAUACUUCAGUCAUAUGAUUGGUACCGCCUUUCGAGUGAUUAUAACUGCCACUUCCAAAUAGGUGGUAAUGAUCAAUUGGGCCACUUUGAUGCAGGCUAUGAUUACAUAAAGAAGAAAACUGGGAAGCGAUCUGCCAGCAUUUGCUUACCUUUACUUACUGAUGCUCAAGGAAAAAAACUUAGCAAAACUUCAAAAGAAAGUAGUAACAUAUGGCUAGAUGAACGAAAAACAUCACCUUUCACCUUUUACCAGCAUUUUCGUCAAAAACCAGACUCAGUCAUAGUUCCUUUGCUAAGAUACUUUUCCCUGCGAACUAUCAAAGAAAUCGAAGAAAUUGAACGAGAACACCAAACAAAUUUAGGGAAAUGGAUCGCUCAAGAGAAAUUGGCAGAAGAAUUGACGAAGUUUGUACAUGGAAGUAAUGGGUUGAAAAUGGCAAAACAGUGCUCGAAAAUACUUUUUCAUGGUUCUCUUUCUGAAUGGCGGAACAUGCCGACUUCGUUUAUAGAAGAACAGUUUGGCAGCGCAUCUGUGCAGCAGCUUUUUCGAUCGAAUUUUUCGACGAUGGGAGAAUUAGCCGAUAAAGUACAUAAUGGUGAGGGAUCUAGCAUAAAUAAGAUGAAAGCAGGAGCUCUGAAGCUGAAUGGAAUACGGUUUACGAAUCCUGAUGAAGUGAUUGAUUUUGAUAAGAUUUGUUUGGAUGGCAAAAAUAUCACACUUGUUUGUUGGGGCAAACGAAAAUAUCAUUUGGUUAAAUGGGUUGAUUAA